UCAAAACUGUCAAAAACAUAUGAUUUCCGGCCCUUUAAAAAGUGUUUACAUUUUGCGGUCUUUUCCUCCUUUUACAAAUCUAGUCAAAAAUGCAGUUUUCCCGUGAAAAAUAGCCAGGAGGGACAAUGGACGCGGUGAGUUACAAGAAAUUCCACGAGAGCUUCAUGCAGAACAACAAUGGAUCGUCAAUUGUUGAGGUGUUUGGCGUCAUUGUUGCUCCCUAUUUUACCAUCUUUCACUGCAUCAAUCUCGUUCUCGUGGCCAAUAUCGUGAGCAUUCCACUGAGAUUCCUACUGGAAUUCAUCCUGAUUGUGCUAUUUAUUGUCCUGAAUGUCACUGUGGCCAAUGAGUACAUUCCGGGCAUUGUUUUGACUCUGUUUGUGGCUUCUGUGGCAGCUGCAGCCGGUCAACUCAGAUCUGUCCUCCAUGAGGCUCCAUUCAUCCAAAUCCCCACCAAAAAACCCGAGUUUAUCAGCAUGGCAAGAGCUCUGAUCAAUCUUCUGAGUGUUGUCUGCAUCCUGGCUGUGGAUUUUCAAUGUUUUCCCAGGAGAUUUGCCAAAACCGAAACCUACGGAGUGUCUCUAAUGGAUGUUGGGGUUGGCCUCUAUGUCUUUGCCAAUGGAAUUGUCUCCCGAGACGGUCGACAAACUGAGGAACUUCUAACCCUCAAGAAAAUCCAGAAGAUGAUCAUCUCAAUCUCCCCGCUCCUUGUCCUCGGAAUUGGGAGAUGUUUGAGUGUGUCAGCAACGAAUUAUCACGAGCAUAUCUCAGAAUACGGUGUCCAUUGGAACUUCUUCAUAACUCUGGCCUUUACAAUGUUCUUCGGCGCUCUUCUCGUGGCUCCAAUUGGAGAGAGGGAUCACCUGAAAUUUGUGGCCAUUGUCAUUGUUACAGUCCAUGAGAUGUGUCUUCAGCUCGGCCUUGCGCAAUACGUACUCUCAGACUCGCGAAAAAACAUCCUAGAAGCCAACAAAGAAGGCAUCUUCUCUGUCCCAGGCUACCUGGCCAUCUACAUCGCCUCCAUGUACAUCCAGAACAGUCUUCGGUGGCAGGAACCAAUUAUCAAAUGUCGAGAGUUCCUCCUGCAAACGGCCAAGAUGGGCCUCAUAGCUCUCUGUCUCUGGAAGAUGGUUUACAUAGCCGAAGAGAUGUUUGGCAUCUCUCGUCGAUUGGCCAAUAUGGGCUAUGUUAUCUGGAUCUUGGCCAUUGGCACGACAAUGGUAGCUCUUCUGAUGCUGCUGGAACUUGGAUACUACUUCCUGAAGUUCGACAAAACCAAAUCCGACGAAGUUGUCAGUCAAUAUGCUCCAGUCAUCCUCAAUGCUAUCAACUACAAUGGAUUGCUCUUCUUUCUCAUGGCAAAUCUCCUCACAGGAGUCAUCAAUUUGACCAUGCAGACAAUGCUCCUGGACACAGUGACCAGUGUGGCCAUUGUGGCUGGCUACAUGCUGAUCCUCUGCACAUUGCAGACCAUUUUGUACGUGUACAAGAUACAAAUAAAAUUUUGGUAGAAGACGA